GGGAAAUAUAUAAUAGCCUUCACUACACCGUUGCAAUAAUAAUUCGACUAUGCAAAUUUGUACGUUGUUUACGAUAAUGGUAUUGUCAGUUCUGAUGAUGGGCGACCAGGUUGUACAUGCUGGAGGAGAUAACUGUUUGUGUCGGGAUGACGUAUUUCUUCCUUUUUACAAUGGGAAGUGUUGUCCCACUGAACACUGUCUACGUCGUAAAUCAACAGGUGCUCGAUUUUGUUGUAGAGACCUGCAUCGACCUUGUAGCUCAGAUGAAGACUGCUGUGAAAAAACUUGUCGAAAUUCUCGUUGUCAAAGCAAUAAUGAAUUCUGGAACUCGUUAAUUGAGCAGUUGAAGGUGUCGGGAUAA